AAGUCGUGUAAAGUACAUAGUCAGUCAACGAAUACGAGACACAAACAGUGAAAAUCAUCAUGUCUUAUAAAAUUAUCGGUUAUUUCGUCGCCUUACUGGCCGUCGCCCGCGCCGAGAUCACUGGUCCAGGUGCAGCUGCAGUAGCUGUCGCGCAACAACCAACUGCAACGGUUAUCAGAGCCGAAAACUACAAUUCACAUCCUCGAUAUAGCUUUGGUUAUAGCGUGGCAGAUGGUCUCACCGGCGACAAUAAGGCGCAGGAGGAAACUCGCAACGGGGACGUAGUUGAAGGAAGUUACAGCUUAAUCGAGCCCGACGGCGCCCGGCGCAUCGUCUCCUACGCGGCCGAUCCCAUCAACGGUUUUAACGCGGUCGUACAGCGGGAUCCCAGCAUCACUGCUGCUGCUGCUGCUGCAGCAACGGUGCAUCCGGUCCUGGCGCCUUCCGUGAUCGCCGCAGCUGCACCGGUCGCCGUUGCAGUUCGCCCGCAGGCGACCGUCUUGGGUUCUCCUUUUCUGAGACAGCCAGCUAUCUCGGGUAUCACGAAUGUCCUGGCUGCGAAUCCAGGGCUAGUGGGUGUGAGAGUCGGCCUGGGAGUUAGAUCGGGAUCUAUCUAUGACACGCAGGCUCUCGUCGCGAAUGGCGGUAUCGUGAAGAUUCACGAAACACAUGUAUAAUUGUAUUAGAUGGUUCCGCUUCGAUCGACGCUACUUGGCUUUUCACCACGGUGUAUACCGAAAGUGGUUCCCUGUCUGUCUCCUUGCGCAUCUCUCGCAUUAUUCUUAUCUGCAUUUACGAAGUAUAUCUAGAGUAUAUCAUAUAUAAA